AUAACAGAAGCGGCCGUUGUUUGGUUUGUUUACGCGGACGAGCUGCCUGUCUGCCUGAAGAGGGUGGAAGAAGGAAGGUGCUGCCGGAACCAGCUAGCUUCUGUCAAUCUCCGGCGAUCUUGUUGUUCCAGCCUUUUCCGGUCUCCGAUCUGCUACGAUCAUGACGACAUCAAGGCGCCUUGCAGAUAGGAAGGUGGUGAAGUUUGAGAAAAAUAUCACUAAAAGAGGGUUUGUGCCAGAAACAACCACCAAGAAGGGAAAAGACUAUCCUGUUGGGCCUGUUCUUCUGGGAUUCUUUGUCUUUGUGGUCAUUGGAUCCUCUCUGUUUCAGAUAAUCAGAACAGCAACGAGUGGAGGCAUGGCGUAAAUGGAGCUUUUCUUUGGAUUGUGUUGUCAUCUCUUUUUUCUAGCAUGUAGAAAGUCUCAAUACUUUUAUUUUUACUUCUGUAUUACUACUACUAAACUGAUGGUUUAACUUUUGAGGAAUUGAAAGGAUUUAUAUUUAUAAUUAUAAUAAUAAAAUAUAUUCCCUUCUUGUUUGCCUUACAA